AUGAUGCCAAUGAAUCCAUCGCCAACUCCUACAUCAUCCAAGAAUGUUUCUUUGGAGGAUGUUCGUCGCUCUAUAACAUUUCACCCGUCCGUUUGGGGAGACCAUUUUCUCUCAUAUAAUUCAGAUAUAACGGAAAUUUCUGAAGACGAAGAUAAAGAACUUGAAAGACAAAAAGAGAGAGUCAAAGAUUUGCUAGUCCACACGCCGGAUGAUUCAUUGUGCAAGUUAGACCUUAUCGAUACAAUCCAACGCCUUGGAGUGGGUUACCAUUUUGAGAAAGAAAUCGACACGUCACUGCGAAACAUACAUGGCGCUUGCAUAUUGGAGUACUAUGACCACAAAGAUGAUGAUCUACGUGUUGUUUCUCUUCGAUUUCGAUUGCUAAGACAACAUGGUUACAAUCUCUCAUGUAAUGUGUUCGACAAAUUCAUGGACAAUAAAGGCAAUUUAAUACACUCAUUUGAAGACGAUCUCGAAGGUAUAUUAAGUCUGUAUGAAGCAGUGCAUUUAGGAGUGCAAGGGGAGGACAUUUUAGACAAAGCACUAGAAUUUUCGUCCUCUCAUCUUGAGUCUUUGCUCCAUAAGAUGCCGAAAACUCUUGCAACAAAAGUUAGUGAAGCACUUAAGCAUCCACUAAGCAAGAGUCUCAAUAGAUUGGCAGCCAAACAGUUCAUUUCUAUGUAUAAGGAAGAUGAUUCACACAAUCCACUACUGCUUAAUUUUGCCAAAUUGGAUUUCAACAUCUUACAAAAGGUGCACCAAAAGGAGUUGAGUAGUAUUACAAGGUGGUGGAAGGAUUUGGACUUUGCAAAUAGACUGCCUUUCGCGAGAGAUAGAUUGGUUGAAUGCUACUUCUGGACUUUGGCAAUCUAUUUUGAGCCCCGAUUUCACCUCGCGAGAAAAUUUCUAGUCAAAGUAUUGUGCAUAACUUCCGUUAUUGAUGACAUUUAUGAUAUUCACGGGACGUUGGAUGAUCUACAACUUUUCACGGACGCCAUUCAGAGUUGGAACUUUGAUGCCUUGGAGCAAUUGCCGCCGUAUAUGAGAACAUGUUACAAAGCUCUUUUGGAUGUUUAUGCUGAAAUGGAAGACGAAAUUGGGAAUACCGGCACGACAUACUCUGUCCAAUAUGCAAUAAACGAGGUGAAAAGAUUGGUGAGUGCAUACAUGGAAGAAGCGAAAUGGUUAUACGGUAAGCAUACGCCAACAGUGGAAGAGUAUAUGAAAGUGGCACUUGUAUCCUCUGGUUAUACAAUGUUGUCUGUAACAUCUUUUGUUGGCAUGGGAGAUUUAGUUACGAAACAAAUGUGUGAUUGGGUCGUAAGCGAAUCACGAAUCGUGCGAGCAUCAUCGAUAAUAUGUAGGCUAAUGGAUGACAUGGUAGGGUAUGGGAAAGAAUCAAAGAUUACAGCUGUGGAAUGUUACAUGAAACAAAACGAUGCAUCGGAGGCGGAAGCUUUUGCAGAUUUUCGGGAACAAGUGAAGAAAGCAUGGAAGGAUAUGAAUGAAGAAUGGCUUCAAACAACAACAGCACCUUUGCGAGUAAUGAUGAAUGUCGUCAAUCUUGCUCGUGUGAUUAAUCUUCUAUACGUGGAUGAAGAUGGAUAUACCAAUUCUAAAACCGAGACCAAAUACUUUAUAAACUACGUACUUGUCGAGCCCGUGAUAGUUUGA